AUGGGUAACAUCUUUAGUAAUUCAAGUAACAGCUCCAGUAAUUCAAGUAACAGAUCCAGUAAUUCAAGUAACAGCUCCAAUAAUUCAAGUAACAGCUUGAAGAAGGAUUCAGGCAAUGUUUCAAAAAAAAUCUAUAAAACUCAUCAGGAGCUUACCACUUUAAGUUGGUAUGAUACAAUCAAAAAUAAAUUACUAGAAAGAGAAGGAAAUUCACUGGGCGAACUAUCCGAGGAAGAGCUCGAUAAUUUAAUAAACAGUCUCGGAGACGAAAAAAUAUUUCUGGAUCGAUUUCUCAAGCUUGAAGAAGUCUACAACGACGAAAAUUUGGAACAAGCCACUAGGGAUUUGCAGGAAAUAAAGGAUCUUCAAGAAAAGAAUUUUACUCCAAACGAGAAAGAGAGGAGGAACAUGUUAAACUGCCUAUUAGAACACCGAAGAAACUCCGACAAGUUCAACGUUUAUUUUUUUAUUAGUAAGAUUGCGCGUUCUGAUAGCCCAUUUUUUCGUAUGUUUGCAAAAGAUGUGUUUAGAAACAAAUAUGGAAUGUUCCAUGUUGGUUUAGAGAUAGAUGGAAUUGUUUUGGAAUGGGGUACUGGUAACGCUG